ACAUUUAGCAUUAUUUAACUAUUGGUUUCCAACAUGAAAUGUUCAAAUGUUCUUGGUGUUGGCACGGUCUUUUACCUAGCAGUAUCAGUAAUGGCUUUCUACAAAGGAUAUGAACCUUACGUCAUUGAUUGUCCCUAUCACGCUAUUCUACUGGAGCAAACGAAACCCAACGAACCACCACGCAUGCUGCAUUGUGGUGCCACAAUCAUCGGACCCAAAGUCGCAGUUACAGUAGCAAGUUGUUUCUAUGACAAGUAUUUUAACAGGCCAAGAACCAACAAAUUCUUUCUGCAAGCUGGAAUCACCUUUCGUCGCGAAGCAGGAGAAUUGAUUGAGGUCGACCAUCACGUCGACCAUCCAGAAUAUAAUCCCAACUCAACAGAUUACGACGUCUCACUCGUAUUUUUAAAGGAGUCACUAAAGUUUUCGAAGAACAUUGAACCAGCAACGAUUCCAGAGGAACCAGUUACGCCGGACAAAAUCGGUAGAGUGGUUGGAUUUGGACUAACUCAAGGAAGAGAUUUCAAAGGCGGUAUCACGCACUACCAAAGUCUGCGUUUAAUUGGGAUUGACGCGCCCUUGUAUUCUCAAGAAAAAUGCGUCAAUUUUUACGAGGGACAAUCUGAAGAAUAUCACGUAGAGCCAGAAAGGAUGUUUUGCGCAGGAAUGUUGCGUGGGGACUCGGAACAGUAUAUGUGUCCAGGUGACGAGGGUGCAGGUUUCAUCGUGGACGGUGCAUUGCAUGGAAUUCUGGCGUUUGGGCUGGCAUGUCACGGUCGAAAGAUACCAGAUGUAUACAUGAAUGUUUCAGUUCUAAAAAACUUCAUUCUUGAAAAUAAAGAUCAGUAGUUACUUACCUAAUCCUUGACUAAGAAUAUUUUCAUUUUUUUUUUUAUUAGAAUUGAUUUCAGCACGUUUUAAGCACUGUAGCUGCAAGGUUCGAUGUUUUAUUUGUUCGUUUUAGGAUUUAGUUUUAAGCACCAGUA